AUGGGGAUUGGCUUGAGGCUGUAUCGACAGGAGAGUCCCUCAGCAAGCGCGUUUGGAUACCGCGACUACAACGUCUCCAGUGAAACCGCGAUCAAGUUAGUCAAUUAA